AAGAAGAAGAAUGAUCAGUCCCCCAGGAUGUGCAGAUUUAGAGACGGCCUUGCCCCGGUUAUGGAGGUGGAAAUAAGAGGAACCUGGUAUUUCUGCAAAUCUCAUGUCUGGGGCGGCUUGAAUAGUCAUGCUCCUCCCCCUACCCACCAACCUUGUCUUUGCACUUGGAAACUCACUCCAGGUCUGGCAGCCCAGAGUCUGUGACUUUACACCUCCUGUUCGUCCUCAUCUCAGAAGACCCCAGACAGGGACCCACGCCACGCCACCAAGAAAGUUGAUGCUAUGGGGCGCCUCUCCGGCUGACCUGGACACCUGCUGGCUUCAACUAGAUGUCUACACUUCCUUCCGGAAGAAGGCUAAAGAUGGUGUUUCCAGUGCGGACUUGGAAGAGACAAUUUCUUAUCCUUUUUAACAUGAUCCUCAUUUCCAAGCUUGGGGCCAGAUGGUUUCCUAAAACUCUGCCCUGUGAUGUCAGUGUGGAUACUCCAAAUGCCCAAGUGAUUGUGGACUGCACGGACAAGCAUCUGACGGGAAUUCCUGAAGGCAUUCCUACCAACACCACCAACCUCACCCUCACCAUCAACCACAUACCAGACAUCUCUCCCGCCUCCUUCCAACGGCUGGACCAGCUGAUAGAGAUCGAUUUCAGAUGCAACUGUGUACCCAUUCGACUGGGGCCGAAAGACAACAUUUGCACCAGGAAACUACAGGUUCACCCCGGGAGCUUUAGUGGACUCCCGUAUCUAAAAUCCCUUUACCUGGAUGGAAACCAGCUUUUAGAAAUACCCCUAGGUCUUCCCUCCAGCUUACAGCUGCUGAGCCUCGAAGCCAACAACAUCUUUUCCAUCCAUAAGAGUAAUCUAACGGAACUGGCGAACAUAGAAGAACUCUACCUGGGCCAAAACUGUUAUUAUCGCAAUCCUUGUAACGUUUCAUUUUUCAUCGAAAGAGAUGCUUUCCAAAAACUGCUCAAUUUAAAACUGCUCUCCCUAAAAGAUAACAAUGUUACAGCCGUUCCGGCGGUGUUGCCAUCUGCUCUAACAAAACUCUAUCUUCACAACAACAUCAUUACACAAAUCCAAGAAGAUGAUUUUAAGAACCUCAAUCAACUGCAACUUCUUGACCUAAGUGGGAACUGCCCGCGUUGUUAUAACGUCCCAUUUCCUUGCACACCCUGUGCAAAUAAUUCUCCCCUCCAGAUCCAUCCAAAUGCUUUUGAUGGGUUGACAGAAUUACAAGUUUUACGUCUCCACAGUAACUCUCUUCAGACUGUGCCCCAAAGAUGGUUUAAAAACCUCAACAAACUUAAGGAACUAGAUCUUUCCCAAAACUACUUGGCCAGAGAAAUCGGGGAUGCCAAAUUUUUGCAUUUUCUUCCCAACCUUGUCCAGUUGGAUCUGUCUUUCAAUUUUGAACUUCAGGUCUAUCAUGAGUAUAUGAAACUGUCAGAUGCGUUUUCUUCCCUGAAAAACCUGAAAGUUUUGCACAUCAGAGGCUACAUCUUUAAGGAGCUGAAAUUCGUUGAUCUCUCCCCAAUCCACAGUCUUACCAAUCUUGAAGUUCUUGAUCUGGGCACCAAUUUUAUCAAAAUUGCUAACCUCAGCAUAUUCGAACAAUUUCAAACAUUGAAAAGGAUAGACCUUUCCGUGAAUAAAAUAUCACCUUCAGGAGAUGCAAGUGAAGUUGGCUUCUGCUCUAACACUAGAACUUCUGUAGGACCUCAUGAGCCCCGGCUCUUUGAAGAAUUACAUUAUUUCAAAUAUGAUGAAGACGCAAGGAGUUGCAGAUACAAAAACAAAGAACCUCCUUUCAUGAGUUUUAAUGACGAGUGUUACAAAUAUGGGCAGGCAUUGGACCUAAGUAAAAAUAGCAUAUUUUUCAUCAGGUCCUCUGACUUUCAGCAUCUUUCUUUCCUCAAAUGCCUAAACUUGUCAGGAAAUAGCAUCAGCCAAACUCUUAAUGGGAGUGAAUUUCAGCCUUUAGCGCAGCUGCAAUAUUUGGACUUCUCUAACAACCGGCUUGACUUACUCUACUCAACAGCCUUUGAUGGGCUGCACAGCCUGGAAGUUCUAGAUAUAAGUAGUAACAGCCAUUAUUUUCAAUCAGAAGGACUUACUCACAUGCUAAACUUUACCAAGAACCUCAAGUUUCUCAAGAAACUGAUGAUGAAUGACAAUGCCAUCUCUACCUCCACCAGCAGGACCAUGGAGAGCGAAUCCCUGAGAACUCUGGAAUUCAGAGGAAAUCAUUUGGAUAUUUUAUGGAGAGAUGGUGAUGACAGAUACUUAAAUUUCUUCAAGAAUCUGGUCAACUUGGAGGAAUUGGAUAUCUCUGCAAAUUCCCUGAGUUUCUUGCCUCCUGGAGUUUUUGAUGGUAUGCCUCCACAGCUAAAGACUCUCCUUUUGGUCAAAAAUGGGCUCAAGUCUUUCAAUUGGGGGAAACUCCAGUAUCUGAAGAAUCUAGAAACUUUGGACCUCAGCUACAACCUGCUGAAGACGGUCCCUCAGAGAUUAUCCAACUGUUCGAGCAGCAUCCAGAAACUAAUUCUUCACAAUAAUCUCAUCAGGUAUCUGACCAAGUCUUUUCUCCAAGAUGCUUUCCAGUUGCGCUAUCUGGACCUCAGCUCCAAUAAAAUACAGAUCAUCCAAAAGACUAGCUUUCCAGAAAACGUCCUCAAUAAACUGGAGAUGUUGCUUUUGCAUCACAAUCGCUUCUUGUGCACCUGUGACGCAGUGUGGUUUGUCUGGUGGAUUAACCAUACCGAGGUGACCAUUCCUCACCUAGCCACCGAUGUGACUUGUGUGGGGCCAGGAGCACACAAGGGCCAAAGUGUGGUCUCUCUGGAUCUGUAUACCUGUGAGUUAGAUCUCACCAACCUGGUUCUGUUCUCGCUCUCCAUCUCGGCCGCUCUCUUUCUCAUGGUGGUGAUGACAGCGAGCCACCUCUAUUUCUGGGACGUGUGGUAUAGUUACCAUUUCUGUAAGGCCAAAAUAAAGGGGUAUCAGCGCCUGAUCUCCCCAGACUCUUGCUAUGAUGCUUUUAUUGUAUAUGACACUAAAGACCCAGCAGUGACGGAGUGGGUUUUGGAUGAGCUGGUAGCCAGAUUGGAAGAUCCGAGAGAGAAGCAUUUCAAUUUAUGUCUCGAGGAAAGGGACUGGUUGCCCGGGCAGCCAGUUCUGGAAAACCUGACCCAGAGCAUACAGCUUAGCAAAAAGACGGUGUUCGUGAUGACAGACAAGUAUGCAAAGACUGAGAAUUUUAAGAUAGCCUUCUACUUGUCCCAUCAGAGGCUCAUAGAUGAAAAAGUGGAUGUGAUUAUCUUGAUUUUCCUUGAGAAACCCCUUCAGAAGUCCAAGUUUCUCCAGCUCCGGAAGAGGCUCUGUGGGAGUUCUGUCCUUGAGUGGCCAACAAACCCACAGGCUCACCCGUACUUCUGGCAGUGCCUGAAGAAUGCCCUGGCCACAGACAAUCAUGUGACCUAUAGCCGGGUGUUCAAGGAGACAGUCUAGCUCAGUGAUGCGAACCUAUGACACGUGUGUCAGAGGUGACACGCGAACUCAUUCUUUUGGUUGAUUUUUCUUUGUUAAAUGGCAUUUAAAUAUAUAAAAUAAAUACCAAAAAUAUAA